UGCUGAUCUAUUUUCAUUCCAUAGUCUAUUAUACGUAAGCAUCAUUGUUCUGUGGUUUUGUCAAUGCUAUUAACUGUCAAACAUAGAGUAAAAUGUCAAAUCCAAAAACAAACUGAAUUUAGCAUUUUAUGCCACUAGAAAGGCGCUCAACACGUAUUAUCGCGAAUAAUUAAUGAUCAUAAAUAACACGUAGUGUUAAACAGAAGAGCAUUGGACUUAGAAAAAUAAACCAUGGCAACAGAAGUGAUGAAAGUAGAGUUAGAAGUGGAGACUUGUUGCAUAUGUGGCGGCGGCGGUGAACUGCUGUCCCCUGAAGAACAUGACGCUGGAGCUCCGCCUAUGCAGGUGCCGCUGCGCACUAUGCUUGUGCACCUCAACUCUAGUAAGGUGGUGCCAGAAGGUAGACUGUGUGGUAGUUGCAUUCGUCGCACCAUGGAGUCGUACGAGUUCAGCACAGCACUGUCUGCCAGAGGAGUCCCACCACUCAGCGAGAAGAUUCGAGCACUGCGGAGGAGAUUGCAUGAGCUGACACAGAAAAUUGACGUAUUUAUAGUAGUGGGGGGUGCCGGGGCAGGAGGAGCGUACUCAGAGGAGGACAUCAUCAUGGUGGAGCGCGACACCCUGGCCGCCGCGGCCGCCGCCGACGACGAGGACCUCGAGCGAGCACGCAAUGCUCGCGGAGAGUCUGUAUAUCAGUGCUCCGUGUCGGGUGGCAGAGUUCCGCGCGCACUGCGCCGAGCACGGCGCCGCCCCGCACUCGUGCUGGACGUGCGGCGCCCAGCUGCACUCGCGCGCCGCGCUGCGGGCGCACGGCCUGGCCUGCGUGGCGGCCGCCCCGCCCGCGCCGGCCGCGGCCGCGCCGCCGCCUGCCCGGCGUGCGGCGCGCGCGCGGCCGACCGCGCGGCGCUGGCGGCGCACGCGGCGGCGCGACACGGGCGCGGCGCGCGGCCGCCGCACGUGUGCGCGGUGUGCUUCCGCACGCUGGAGUCGGGCGAGCUGCUGGCGGCGCACGCGCUGCGCCACCGCCGCGCGCUGCACUACGUGUGCGGGUACGACGGCUGCAUCCUGCGCUUCGCCUCGCGCGCCAACCUCAUGGCGCACAUCCGCAAGUGCCACACGGCCGACCUGCCGCCCGCCGCCGCGCCGCGCGACCCCGCGGCGCCCUCCACCGCCUGCGACCACUGCGGCCGCACGUUCGGAUCAGUAGCAGCUAUGAAGCGUCACGCGCGCGUACAUCGCCCCGCAGUACAACAACGCGAACGUGUACAGGAGGAGGGCGAGGAGUGGGCGGAGGGCGAGGACAUGGAGGGCGAGGUAGAAUACUUGGAGGUGGACGAACUGGAGGACAUGCAAUACAGGGACACUGACAACUACGACCACAAGCCAGACCUCGACGACAUGCAGUAAUCUACCUUCACUGCAUUACUAUUUUAUUUACUCUUUAAAAAUGACUGGAGCAUCUAUUGGUGAUUACAGUCAAUACGUAGAUUAAGACUUGCAACAAACAUAUUUUAUUAGUUAAGCAAAUUAUCUGUACCGGGUGUGAACCGAAAACGCAAACAAAAAAUUUGUUUCUACAAUUAUUUUAACCGUUUUUGUCUUUGUGUGUUUUUCAUGCAACACCAGCGUUGUGUAAAUGAUUACAACUUUAGUAUUAUUAUUUAAAAUAAACGUUUAAUUCCUUACUUUUCUAUAUAAAACUGCUUUAUCAUCACCUGUCUUCGUUUUUUGGAAGUUUUCCGUUUAUAUCUGUAUAUCUAUGUUAAGACAUAUUGUAAUCUUUUAUUUUUCAUGUAUCUAGCAGGUAGAUGAUAUUAGUUAAUUUGACAAAUAUAUUAGGUACUACACAAGUUAUAAUAUAAUCAUAGGUUAUCCAUUUUCCAUUAAUAAGCUGAACCCUUAUUGCUUUGGAUUCGUAUUAGGAUGACAAGAAGUAGAUGCAAUCUAUUGUUUCCUAUAAAAUAAAAAGGUUUUUUAUUAUUAA